AUGAUUCGGUUAUUAUUUUGCCUGGUUUUUGCUGUAUUCUUCUCUGAAGUUUCACAGGCCUCCACUCCGUACAUCUACGAUGGUGGGUUUGAAUUUCUACGUGUUGGGGAAAUGCGCUUUAACGAAACUAUGGAAUUCCCAUCUGAUAUGUUGACAGAAGUCCGACGACGUUACAUUUUGGCCGGUCUGCAGCGAGACCGUCGUUAUCUUGUACACCUCUCGUUCUUAGGAUCACCGUCAAUUGAUUAUAGGAUACACGUUGGCCACCAACACCGAUCUCUUGUUGAGAUGCAUCAAGAGCAGGCAAAAGAGGAAACGGUAGAGACAUAUCAUCCCCAAGGGCAACGAAAACUUGCAGAUGUAAAUAUGCUUCACUUUCGAACACAUAUUGAUGAUCUAGGCUUUGAUUUUAUUGGUGGCGAUGGGGCGGUUGACAUUGGUGAUAUGGAUAUCAAGGAAAUAGGCGUUGGUGAGAAAAAUAAUGAUAACGACUAUAUUCCUCUCCUGGAAAUACGUGGUAGACGUAACGCUUUCCCACCUCAUCCAGAGAUGUGGGAGAUAUUCUCGUACAAUCUACGUAUAGACGCUAUUGGUAAUUUUGAGGGUGUCACUCUUACGGUUAUAGCGCACUUCAUAAUGAUAGUGGUGUCUGUCAUCAGUUCCACUCUUCUUGUCUCACGCCUGAUUACACUUAUUGCUGGUGAUGCACCAAAGCCCCAAGCACGUCGUGACUUUCUUAUAUUCUUUUGGAAUUUUAAAGAGAAAAGUAAAUAA